CUCUUAUCCAACCUAGUCUUUCUCUCCGUCUCUCCAAAACCCUAGAUCCUGGUCCCUCCCUGCCUCUGUCUCGGGAAUUUUCAUUGUUUUUUGUUGUUUAAUUUUACAGACGCUUCAGCCACUCUCGGUGUCGGAAACCAUAAUACACACGCACUCUCUUUCUCUCUCUCCCCGAUAGAGCUGAAAGAGGAAGAUGGGUGAAGUCAAGGACAACGACUACGAAGAAGAGCUCGUCGACUUCGAAGAUGAUGACCCUAAGGCCCCCGACUCCGCCUCAGCUAGACCCGCAGCUGAUUCCGUCAAGAAGGGCUAUGUUGGGAUUCAUAGUUCGGGAUUUAGAGACUUCCUGUUGAAACCAGAGCUUCUUCGAGCCAUUGUGGAUUCGGGAUUUGAACAUCCAUCAGAAGGUAAUUACUACUGCCAUAUUCAUGAUUUGGGCCAGAAAACUGGUUUGAUAAACCUUUCCAUUAAAAGGACCUGGACAGUCAUUUAUACUUAACUGAGGAUUCGUCUGCUGCAAUUUUGUUUGGUUCUUCAAUAGUGCAACAUGAGUGCAUCCCUCAAGCUAUCCUAGGAAUGGAUGUCAUCUGUCAAGCAAAAUCUGGUAUGGGGAAAACUGCUGUCUUUGUCCUAUCAACUCUUCAGCAGAUUGAACCUGUUGCUGGUCAAGUGGCGGCUCUUGUUCUUUGCCACACAAGAGAACUAGCUUACCAGAUUUGUCAUGAAUUUGAGAGGUUCAGUACAUAUUUACCUGACAUCAGGGUUGCUGUCUUCUACGGUGGUGUCAAUAUCAAGAGUCACAAGGAUAUGCUAAAAAAUGAAUGUCCUCAUGUUGUUGUUGGAACACCUGGACGAAUAUUGGCUCUAGGAAGGGAUAAAGAUCUUGGAUUAAAGAAUGUGAGGCAUUUUGUUCUUGAUGAGUGUGAUAAAAUGCUAGAAUCACUUGACAUGAGGAGAGAUGUGCAGGAAAUCUUCAAGAUGACUCCUCAUGACAAGCAAGUGAUGAUGUUUUCAGCAACUCUAAGUAAAGAGAUCCGUCCUGUUUGCAAAAAAUUUAUGCAAGAGCCAAUGGAAAUUUAUGUUGAUGAUGAGACAAAAUUGACUCUUCAUGGUCUUGUACAGCACUACAUUUUAUUGAAAGAGGCAGAGAAAAACCGCAAAUUGAAUGAUCUUCUUGAUGCAUUGGACUUCAAUCAAGUUGUUAUUUUUGUCAAAAGUGUUCACAGAGCAGCUGAGCUGAACAAGUUACUUGAGGAGUGUAACUUCCCCUCUAUUUGCAUCCAUUCAGGAAUGGCUCAGGAGGAAAGGUUGAAACGUUACAAGAAUUUCAAGGAGGGGCAAUCAAGAAUUCUUGCGGCAACAGACUUAGUAGGAAGGGGGAUUGAUAUAGAGCGUGUUAACAUUGUUAUCAACUAUGAUAUGCCAGAUUCUGCUGAUACAUACCUGCACAGGGUGGGCAGGGCUGGCAGGUUUGGUACCAAGGGGCUUGCAAUCACAUUUGUCUCAUCUGCAGCUGACUCAGAUGUUCUUAAUCAGGUUCAGUCGAGGUUUGAGGUGGACAUAAAGGAGCUUCCCGAGCAAAUUGAUACUUCAACUUACAUGCCAUCAUGAGGGAUUGGUUUAUGGUGGGGAACAGACCUGUAUGCAAUAGUGUUGCCGAUGAUGGAUGUCAGCGGGCAGUUGUGUUAGUGACAGUACUGUUGUUUUUAAUGUAGAAUCUUGAGAUUAUUCGGCGAAGGAUUAGAAGAAUUAUUCUGAUAUUGUACUCCCGUGUUUUGACGCUUGUAAUUCUGGGCCUAGCUUUACUUGCUUAAAUAGGACUUUAUGCUAUCGGUACUAAAUAACUAAUUUUAUUAGAUGUUUACUUAAAUCUUAAACUAAUUUAUUAGAUGUUGGGUUUUUUUUGGUUGUUUUUGUU